AGCCUUCGCAACUCCACGAUUACCUGUUUCAGGAAAAAGUAAUACCAGAGGACUUUCUGUUUCAACUUCGCCAACAAUGCCGAAUACCAACAGAAAUUUCUAGAUUAUUCAUAAUGCACCUUAAAAAACAUUGUCCUUUUCAUGUGUUUCUCAUUGCAUUGAGACAAGAUAACGCUUACUCUUUUCUCGCCAAAGAAUUAGAGGGGAAAUUGGAAGAAAUAAAAAGCCAGAGAAGAAAUCGUUCAUUUUCAACGAAGCUUCCCUGGUAUGAGAAAGCGUACCAUCCGAUCAGAAGAAUUCAGGUUUAUAACGAAUACAGAGAAGACAUUGUUCACGAAAGACAUCUCUUAAAGCGACUGUGUUUAGAUUCAAAACUUCCCGAAUUUUAUAGCAAACAACGCUCGUUGAAGUUAAAGUGGGAAGAGAACAGAAGCAUUGAAAGGUGUGACCAAAGCGGAAAACAGCUGGCAGCGGACCUUUAUUUUAUAUCAUUAGAUGCUGAAAUGGAACACAGACGUGUAAAAUAUGAUAAAUCCCUUUAUGAAAGUGACGUUUUUAAGGAAAUGAAAGCGAUUAUCAAAGAAACAUCUAACCCCAAACUAAGCAUGAUGUUAUAUCUAGGGAGACUGGCUUCUUCCAUGGUGAUGUUUAAUAACAAUUUACUGAAGAAGGGCUUGAAAGCUGCCCAAGAAGCAAGAGAAAAUGGCGAACGAAUCGAGCCAUGUAGGGAAACUGGAAUAGAAUUGGUCUCUUCUGUGAUAUUUUAUCGGUACCUGUAAGUGAAUCUCACAUAAAAUAUGGUAAGAAUUGUCUAGAAAAGGCUCUCCUUGACUGGGAAAGAAUGGAAAGAAGAUGGAAAAUGAUUUUUCAUUUCGCCUCUG